AAAGGUUAGGAAGGACAGAGGAUUUCUUUGCCUGUGGCAGUUAUUUAGAUUUUAUUUGAGUCUGCCUAGUCUCAGAAAUUCUUGAGCGGAUUACAGUUCAUGUAAAGCAUGUAAAAUAACCAACUAAUAUUAGCAAAAUGGGCAAUAAUACUACAUUGUAGUGUGUUGAGUCACUAUCUGGACACACAUCAAACUGUUCACAAGAUUGGUUCAAUAUGUCUUAAUUGACUUCAACAAGCAAAGAUGGUCAAAUGAAUGCUCCUUGGGUAAGCAGGAGAAAGGCAUUAGGGAGAAUGGCAUUGUGCAGAAGAAGGAAAGACAAAGCCACAUUCAGAAAUAAAUUUUGGAGUUUUGGGGUGGGGACUUACACCGUUAUAUAUUUCUUCAAGUUGUUGCUUAUAGAUACAGUAAGCUACAGUGGCUGCUUAGUCAAAGUUGACCUUCAAAUGUUUAUGUUUUCUGUAGGCAUCAAAUGUGGUGGUGUCCUCUCAGCGCCACAUGGCAAUGUCUCAAGCCCGAAUUUCCCUGGACUCUACCCAUACGAUACAGAUUGCAUGUGGCUCAUAGUGGUAACAGAAGGGUCCUCUGUUCUUCUCACCUUUCAUCACUUUGACUUGGAAUACCAUGACAACUGCGAAUUUGACUACCUCAUGAUUUACAACGGGAUCUCGGAAGACCAAGGCAAUCUCCUAGGAAAAUUCUGUGGCCAAGUUUUCCCUCCACCAUUUACCUCAUCUUGGAACAUCAUGACUGUAAUAUUCCACUCGGAUAACCAUGUGGCCAGCCAGGGAUUCUCUGCAGUUUACCAAAAAGAUGUUUGUGGGGGGGUGCUCACCGGCCUCUCGGGAUCAAUAACAAGCCCUGAUUACCCAGAGAAUUACCCCAACAAUGCCGAAUGCCAUUGGGUCAUCCAGGCAACUUCGAAUUCUGUCAUCAAACUGAUUUUUGUGGACUUCCAGAUGGAAAACAGUGAGCAGUGCAAUUUUGAUUAUGUGGCCAUCUUUGAUGGGCCAACUAUGGGGGAUACACUCCUUGGUCACUUUUGUGGGCAUGUGAAGCCUCCAGACAUCUCUUCUGCACAGGAACUGCUGGUUGUGUUCAAAUCAGACUUUAACAUUGCAGGCAGAGGCUUCAAAGCAUAUUUCUUUUCAGGUGCAUGUCAGGAGGUGUACACAGCCGUCAAAGGAAAUUUCUCCAGUCCUCAGUAUCCCAACUAUUACCCCAAUAAUAUCAAGUGUCACUGGGCCAUCCAGCUGCCCCCAGGAUAUCGAAUCAAAGUCUUCUUCCUGGACUUGGAUCUGGAGGGGCGGAACAGCCUGACAGAUGGCUGUGAUUAUGACCAUCUGGCUGCGUUUGAUGGAGGCACCGAGAAGGCGUCUCUGCUGGGGAAGUGGUGUGGGAGAGAAAUGCUGUCUCCUAUUAUAUCCAGUAGAAACAAGCUGCUAUUGGUCCUUCACACAGACAGGAACACAGCCAACCGAGGUUUCUCUGUUGCAUACAUCGGAGCGAGCAGAGUGCCGGGCGCCCAGCAGCGCUGCCGGACUGCGAGAGGCCAGGCGCAGCACAGCGCGCCUCCUCGCCGCCGCGCCCCGCUCUCGCCGCCCGACUCGCCCGCCUCCUCCAGCAUCUGCGGCACACGAGGACUCUCACGCCACUCGUGUGCGGAAUGGCUGCCAGCUAUCUUUGUCAGCCUAGCACCAGCGGACAGAGUUUCCGAUCCAAGCAUACCCACACAGUCACUGGCUCAGUUGGAGAGGAAUAAGAUAUAUUUAGGAAUCCCGUCCUGCCCUGCACAAGUGGUUGGCUUGAAUUUUAGGAUACAUGCAAGGUUUGAAACCUGUGGUACAGAACCGCAGAAAAGAAACAACACGUCUGUUAUUGUCAGCAUCCUGUAUAUUGACUUUUCAGAUGGAAAUCAGGAGGACAUUCACCAAUAUGAAGUGCAGUGCGAACCCAAAAGGAAAGAGGCCUCUGUGAAUCUUAUCUCUGGCUCUGAUCCCUACAGACUGAACCAGUAUGCAGAGAACCUGGUGGAGUCCCAACAGCAGGAUAUGGAGGCGGCAGACGUCUACGAGAGCAAGGGCCAGGACACCAGCGACAUUGUUUUCAUCAGCAUCUGUAUUCUUGCUGGGGUUCUCAUGAUCAUUGCUAUUGUCGGGUUAGUCUUGUUAUAGGGAUCCAGCCUUUCGGACACCUAUCCUCUUGGCAUUCCUUCCAUGUCAGCUACUCAAUGAGACUCACAUGAGAGGCAGCUUGUUCUGGAGCUGGGUUAAAAUGCUCACUUAUAGUGGCAACUCACCACAUCAGGCUAGCCUUGUCCCAUGCCAGUUUAGAUCUGAACAGGACUCCUGAGGUUUUGCUCAAAAUCACACGCUUAGAGUGUAUCUGCGCCAGCAUACCUUCUUAAUACUCGUUUUCAUUUAAUGUAAAUUUGCCCUCAUUUUCCCAGAACUAAUCUUCGUUGGUGGCAAGGGGAAAUUAUAGGUAUAAAAGGAGAAUUCCUGGAUGCCAAGAUCGAAGUUUGGGGCAAGUAUUUUUUGGUGAGAGAAUCCCAGCAGAGAUUUAUAAUCACAAAACAUGCAGCAAAGUGUGGGCGGGGGGAAGGCUGUUAGAUAUUUAAAAUACACCCUUGUGAGUUCCAAAAUGGUCCCUUUCCCCUCAGCAUAGAAAAAGAUCACAUGUUUGGUACAUUAAAAAUGGGUUUACUUACAAACACUUCAAUUGGUUUACUUACAAACGUGUCAGAUUCAUGUGCUUUUCCAUACAUCAUUCGGAAAACAUAGGCAGUAAAACUUGACUUAAUUACAGUGAUGAAAGUUCCUAAAUUAUUGGUACAGGAACACAAGAUUGGCUUGUUAGAGCCAUGCAGUCUCCGCUUGGAGCAACCAGCUCAGACCUCACAUGUUGAGCUUCUCAGGCAGGUUGGGAGAGAACAAUAGGUUUGAUUACCUUCCUCCCAAGGUGAGGGGGUGUGACCUAGCUAAGCCUGGCGUGUUGGGUUGCUCUGUGGUUUUAACACCUUCAUGCAUUAAUUAGACUUAAGCAUGUUGAUUAUAUGAGGCUGAGAAAUUUUGUAUGAAUAUGUGAUCACCUCAGAAUAAUUGUGGGUUUCUGGGGACUUCAAAAAAAUAGUACUGCUUAUGCACAAUUACUUCUGUGCACUCAUGUCAUCAUACACAUCAAUAAUUUUGAAGCAGUAUGCAGAAGAGAUGGGUGUGAAGAGGUAUACUUUAACACUGAAAAAGGCAAUCUCAAUAUUAGGAGUAGGAUAUGAAAAUCAAACAGCAAGUAAGGUGUAUGCCUUCACAUAAACUGCCCUAUGGCGUGUCCCUGUUUAAAAUUCUAUGUUCAGUUCUCUCACCCCAUCUCUAAAAGGGUAUGGUAGAGGUGGAAAAGAUACAAAAUGGAGAAACUAAAAUGAUUAGGAGAGAUGGAGCACCUUCCCUUAUGGAGAAAAGCUUAAGAAGACGGAGAAUCUUAAUGUUGCUUUAAAGAGUGGCGUGACACUUGAACUGCUCUUUAACCAUCCUGCUUGUGUGAAGAAACUAGUGAUUAAAGAACAUUAACAAGUAACUAAUCCACAUUAAGAGAUCUUGAGUGUGUACUCUUGUCUCCUUUGAGAAGAUAUCACACUGCUUAUGGAAUAGUGGAAAAAUCACAGCAGCCUGUAAGAGACUUUGCAGCAGAAGUAUUAUAGUUCCUUAGCAUCUUGAUAACCUAUAAGCCAGAUGCUUUUGUACCCAUUAGGAGCAGAGGGUUGGUGUGCUCAUAUGCCAAGGGUAGGGUGAGGAACCCACAGUUUGUUCAUACUACAUAUUGCCCUUUAGACUUAAGAAGUCAGCCUCUGACAUGAUGAAAAACUUUUAGAGUCUUGAAAUAAUUCAGAGCCAGUAUUCCAUCUCUCUUCUUAAAGAAAAAAGAUGCACAUCAAUUCUUCCCUUUCUUAAUAAAAAAUCUAGCUUUGUUUUUUUGAAAAAUGUUUUUUUCCAACCAUCUAGCUGUCUUCCAUUUAAAACCAUAAAGCAAAUUUAAAUAUUCCUGGGACAAAUCCAAAAGCUGGUUUUUAAAUUAACAAGUUUAUGAGUACAAAUCACCUGGGGCAGAACUAGACUCGUGGUUUAUAACGUUAAGGAAUGAUUUUCAUAAUGUAGAUGGACACAUUACAUUUUGCUUGUAAUGUUCAUAAUGUGUUAUUAAAAUUUGACACCAGAGGACGCUGCAGAGCAACGAGGAACCAGCAGUAGGGAAACUGUGUUUUGACGGAUAAAAACAAGGCAAGGAACAUUUUAAAUUUACCAGUAUGCCCUGUGACGUUUUAGAACGAUCUAUCUAAUACCAUUCCAAUAACGGUUAAAAGGUCAGUGUGGAUCCAGCCCUGGAAUCCUAUACCCUGUUGAAAGAAAUAAGUGCUGAUCAAGUGUGUAGGUCCCCUUAUGGGAUUUUAGCAUAUGUACCUGUAAAACAGGAGCAGACAGAAGUUAAGCCUUCUUAAUAUUUUUGUCCUGGUAGUGAUUUUGCCUUGCAUGGGCAAUGUUAGCAAACAUAUUUUUUGUUUUAAGCUUCAAAAGGUCAUGAGUUCACAAUUCUCUGAUUACAUGCAAUACUCAGAUAUUUAAAUAACCACUUCUUAGCACAUGAUAUUUCAUGAUAAAUUCAUGAAGUUCUCCUUAAAUGAUUUCCACAGAGUGCCUAUUUGAGCAAGUUGGUUUCACUUUUAAAUGACCAAGAGAGACAGCUAUGGCAAGCCUUCAAGCGCUUUAUUUCUGAAAUGUUGCACAUACAGUGCUUUGCCACCUUCAGUCUCUUGAUGCUGCUCAUAGCUUCUUAAACCUAGCAAGGGAAACCAAUAACCAUUGUACUAACAGUGGGGGACUGGCUAUGGCAUAAUUACAAGUGAUAGGUUCCCCCAUUCUGCUCCUUGAAAAUUCUGUACUACAGAAAAUCUCAGAGACAGGACAGAAUAAGUUGAAUGCUGUCUGAAUUUGUAUGAGAAUGCAUGAAUUGUAGAGAAGAGAUAGUUGUUUCUGGGUCAAAAGCAUGGGAAACCUCAAUAUAAUUCAUUGUCCUUUAAUCUGGCUGCACCAAGAAAGCCACAUCAGACAAAGCAAUAUUCCUCUACUUGCCUUUACCAGAACUCUUAACUUCCAUUUACUCCUUUUAAGUCACUAAGAAUAUUAAGUUUCGUGAAUACAGUAGCUGACUUCUUGAUUCCCUAUUCUUAGUUGUAAAGCCACUUCAGGGUCCUUUCCCAAAAUUCUCAAAAGUUUAUUUCCAAAAGUUACAUAUAUGUGAUCCUACUAUGAUGUAAAAACAUCUCAAAAUAAACCUUGUGUCCAAACAUGG